UGUUUGGGUCCAGUCCAGUCCAGUCCAAGAUCUAGGGUUCUUCACUUAUAUACGAAUCUAUACGCCCUAAACCACUUCGUUAGCCACACCGCCGUCGCCGUUGAAGACCGAUCCAGCCGGAAAAAUGAGCUACAAGUUUCAUCAGUUUCAGGUGGUCGGCAGAGCUCUACCUACGGAAUCCGAUGAGCAACCCAAGAUCUAUCGUAUGAAGCUUUGGGCCACCAAUGAAGUCCGUGCGAAGAGCAAGUUCUGGUAUUAUUUGAGGAAGCUCAAGAAGGUCAAGAAGAGCAAUGGUCAGAUGCUUGCUAUCAACGAGAUUUUCGAGAAAAACCCCACAACUAUCAAGAACUAUGGCAUUUGGUUGAGGUACCAGUCAAGGACCGGAUACCACAACAUGUACAAGGAGUACAGAGACACAACCCUGAAUGGUUCUAUCGAACAGAUGUACACUGAGAUGGCUUCCCGUCACAGAGUUCGCCACCACUGCAUCCAGGUAAUCAAAACCGCUACCAUUCCCGCUAAGCUCUGCAAGAGGGAGUCAACUAAGCAGUUUCACAACUCCAAGAUCAAGUUCCCGUUGGUGUUCAAGAAGGUUAGACCUCCAACCAGGAAGCUCAAGACCACAUACAAGGCCUCAAGGCCUAACUUGUUUGUUUGAGUGACCUAUAUCUAUGUUUGUUGCUGUCACAAGGGUUCAAGUUACUAGAAAUUUUGAUUUGUAGCGAAAACUUGCUUGUUAUUUCUUUUUCUUGGAUAUUUUGCUGGUAUUGGAUAUUUGAGUUUAUGAUGUUGCGUAGCAAAUACUAUUACUACUGGGUUUAUUACA